AUGGCGCAAAUUGAUCCUACAGCAUUGAUUCAAGCAUAUAUUCCAUUUGCUAAAUCGAGUCAAAGUCUUGAUUCUGAAAAACAAUCAAUGAUGCGAUCUACUACAAAAAAUUGCACUGUGCUAAAUUCAUCAGCAUCGAAUUCCGGACAAAGCACGUCAAGAACAUGCGAAACAUUUGAACGUAAACGGGGAUGCGAAGUAGUUUUCAGUGGUAAUUCUGGACCAGUUUCAAAUCAUGCGCCAUCUUCAUAUGACUCCACAGGAUUACGUAUGAUUCAAACGAAUUAUCGAGAUAGUUCGUCAUCACCGCUUUCACCUCCCCCUCGAAGUGCAAAACGGUUGAAAGCCAGUUCAUUAUCUAUAUCAUCAGCGCGUAGUUCGAGUAUGAGCAAUACCGUCAGUGCAUUAUCAGUAGCUGUUAAUUCCACCAACCAAUCGUCAAAAAAUCAUACUGUUGCGGAUGCUCAACAGAAAAGUACUGCAAAACAUCUGAACAAUGCACAUUCCACUCAAACCAAUGACGGAACAACAAAACUCUCGAAAUGUUUUGCUCGAGAUUUGCUUCACGCCACAAAUAAUGUUAGACGGCUUAACUCCUCCCCAGUUCGCAUUAACUCUCACUUGGAUUUUACAAAUCAUAAUGGUUAUGAUGACAGUAGACCAUCAACGUCGAAAGGUCUUACGCCGGGAUCGAAAUCCGUUCUAAAUGGUGCAGUAAAACGACGCAUACACGUAAAUGUUAGUCAUACGUUAGCUAGAAAAUUGGAAUCUCAGGGUAAUCGUGCUCUGAACGGUAGAGCUGAAGGGAAACGAUCGAUGUCCGAAAACAGCGAACUGGAAACCAGAUUCCCUAUAAAUCGUAUAAUAUUUUAUUCUACAUGGGAAGGCAGCCGUGUUUUGAAUCCGGAUGGUCGUAAUAUCGGCGUAGGCCUUUGUAAUUAUUCCAACGACUGCUUUUUAAACGCCGUCCUUCAGAUUAUUUUACACUGUAUUCCGUUUGCACGAUAUCUUGGCGAGCAUCUCCCUUUAUUUUCGUGUGUGAAGGAUUGUGUUGCUUGUGGUCUUGCAAGAUUUAUAAGGUAUUCAAUGUCGAGCAGACAACCAUUCAAACCUGCUUGGAUUAGUUUCAUUUUGGAAAAGGCAUUCCCAUCUCACCUUUUCGGUGCACAGGAAGAUGCUCACGAAGCUUUGAAUCACAUACUGGAUGCACUUGAUUCAGAAGCACAGAAUGGAACAUCCUCUUCGGAUCGUAAUCCCAAUAAUCCAUUAGAUGGACCACGCUUUCCCACACCAGUGGAACAACUUUUUGCCGGAACAUUACGAAAUCAAGUUCAGUGUUCGACUUGUUCAGCAAUACUAAUAAAUUACGAACGCUUUCGAGAGCUUAAUCUUGGCAUAAAGAAACCAAGUUAUGACAGGCGGAUAACUUUGGAGGACUUACUCGAUGAUUAUUUUGGCAACGAAGUGUUAACCAGUUUUAAUUGCAAGAAGUGUAAGAGGUCGACGCAAAUCCAACGUAGUUCGCGUAUUUUGCGUGCACCGAACCUUUUGCUUAUCCAGAUAAAGCGAUUCAAUUCAUUUGGUGGAAAGAUAGGCGUCCAUGUUAAUUUCAAUUUGAGAAUGAACCUCGAACGAUAUGUUCAUCGUGCAGCGGAAGCGCACUUUUACGAACUUACUGGUAUUGUUCAGCAUACGGGUAAUGCAGUAGAACAUGGGCAUUAUAUUGCUGUCGUACGAGGAUUUGAUGGUAGAAGCUAUUACUUGUUCGAUGAUGAGCAGCGUCACAGAGUCUCUCUCUCUGAAUUGCACAACACACAGGCGUACAUGUUGUUGUACGUUCGUUCUAAUGCAUUCAGAAAUUCCGUUUCACCUUCAUUGAAUCCUGCGAAUGAAGCACAAAGCGAUACACCUCCCAGGAAUCGAAUGAUGAAGCGUCCAUAUGUUCAAAUAUCAAUGGAUUCUUAA